GGACGUCAGCUUCAGCACCAGGGUCCUAAUGGCAGCUGAGCCACUGACUGAGCUGGAGGUGGCCAUCGAGACAGUGGUCACCACCUUUUUCACCUUUGCAGGGCGGGAGGGCAAGAAGGGCAGCCUCAGCAUCAAUGAGUUUAAGGAACUGGUUACCCAGCAGUUGCCUCACCUGCUCAAGGAUGUGGGCUCCCUAGAUGAGAAGAUGAAGAGCUUGGAUGUGAAUCAGGACUCAGAACUCAAGUUCAAUGAGUACUGGAGGCUGAUUGGGGAGUUGGCCAAGGAGAUCAGGAAGGAGAAGGCCCUGGAGAUCCGGAAGAAGUGAAGUUGACUGGCAGGGAUGGGGGUGGGCAGGGCAGGGCAGGCCAGGCCAGGCAGAACCCCACUGCCCCCAAAUAAAACUUCCCUCUUAAAACA